GUGGAAAAAGGGGAAGUUACAGCUUAGAGACUUUUCCAGGGAAUUCAUAAUUCUCUGAAAUCAGACCACGAGUGUUGUCAACAUUUGACAGGCUGAAUAAGUUUAUGUGAGAAAACAACGGUGCAAAGACACAGGACCAGAGCAAACCCUUUUUCUUCUACCCCGGACUCUUUUGGAGCAGGAUCAAGACUGCGAGGAGAAGUACAUGAUCACUUCUCUACAGUUUUCCUGUUCUGCUUUCUUCUGGGACUGAGUUUGGAGAGUGCUGCAGGAAAAGGACUCUUACCACCACUGGUGGAUUGUUUCCCUGAGGACUGCCAUCUUGGGGUGGAUAAGCAUUCUUUCCAACUGUGGAUUUUUGUUUGGGACAGAGUUGUUUUUACUCUCCAGCCACAGAGGGCUAGGAUUAUUUCUAAGGAUUUUGUACAAGAUUGUGACAUUUGACUUUAUCUUUAAGUUCUCUGAUCCUACAAGUUUAGUGUAGUUUACAUCCAAGGUUCCUAUAGUUUAUUCUAGCCAACAAAUAUAAGAGACUCUUGGGAUUUUCUUUUUUUUUUUUAGUAUAAAUCUCUAAAAUUGUUUCCUAACACAUUCACCAAGAGCAAAGGUUCAUAGAGGAGAGCUGCUGUUAACUGAUGCAUCUAAUGUUAGUAUUCAGCCCAAGGCUGCUGGAUUGAGUGCUGCAUUACUGGAAGUAGAGUAGACAACAGGACGGGGGCAGUCGGGAAGUAAGACAAGUCUCUUCGCCACCAGCUUACAAAAAAAUCAAUUCCCUGCAUCAGUAAUACCGAUAGUGACCCUAGCUGAUGGUCUUACCUGGGAGAUAGAGAGCCUCAGUCACGAUGUCAUCGGCAGUUGAAACCACAUCAGGUGGCCUGGUGGUGGUCACCCAGGUGUUACCAUCUAAUCAACCCCAUGCCCAGGACGUUCAGCAGGGGGGUCUGAGGACGCAGCAGUUCAUCCGGACAUACCCGAUGGCUGUCGGGACAGUUCAGAUCAUGAUCGGUGUCUUGGUCCUCUUGUCUGGUAUCGUCAUGGCGAUGGGAGCCAUCAGUCUUGGAGCGUUCAGCGGUUUCUUUGUGUGGGGUGCUGGCUUUUACAUCACCUCCGGCGCGCUCACAGUGGCUGCUGGGAAAUCUCUCCGUCCCUGUCUGAUCAACACUGCUUUGGGUUUCAACGUGAUUUCCUCCGUAGCAGCAGUUUCCGCCAUCUUACUGUACACUUCUGAUGUUUUAUUAGUGGACCUUUUCAGUCGGGGUUAUGACACCAAGAUUCUGAUUUCGGGUUCUUCAGGGGUCCUGUUGGUGUUCCAUGUCUUGGAGUUUGCUGUUUCCAUCACCGUCUCUAUCUAUGCCUGUAGAGCUACCUGUAACUGCUGUGACAACCAGCAACAUCCAUAUGUCUACUUCACACCUGCCCAGGCCCCACCACAUACUGGACCUGCCACCAUGGCUGUACCUCCACAACAGAUUCCCAGCUCCUCUAAACCAGCAGAGGACAAGGACCAGGUCCUCCCUGGACUCAAUGAACCUCCGGCCUAAAGACCUGCUUUAAAAUAAAAUCACAUGAUGACAACGUGCAAUGAACACAGCCAUAGAGAGUCACCAUCCUAUCAUUUGUUUAAACAUAUUGUUAAAGGGAUACUUCAACAUUUUGGCAAAUUAGCCCAUUGUCAGAAUUCCUAUAGUCUUAGUAGUAGAUUUGUUUCCUUUUGUUGUCAGUGCUAGCUGUUCUAGAUCUGGGGGGACCGUUAAACCAGCUGCACCGCUAACGCUAUGUUAGCAGACGGAAUUUUUGCUUUCCCUGCACAUGCUCCGAGUAACAGUUCUCUGUCCCUAGGUCUGCCCGAAUCCUGUUUUUACGGGAUAAUAUCUCAUAAAAACAGGAAAAUCAAAAAUAAGUGAAAAAAAUCCUGUUUCUGUUAGAUAGUUAUGUCGUAAAAAUAGGAGGAUUUGUUUUGUUCUCAAGUGAAUGCAAUAUGCCACCGUAAUUUGACACUUAGGGUCGGAAGUUGGUAAAACAAGUCAGAAUAUGGGUUACGAUGAAAAAGGAACACAGCAUUACAGUUAAAACGUCACCAAGCAAUUAACAAAGGGGUGUGCCUGAGCUCUAAGGGUUAAAUGUAGAGAUUCAAUAACUGAAUGUGGACAUUAAAGAUCAUUAAAGUGUGUGAGUAAAAUAUAAAACCUUUGGUAUUCAGUCUAUGUGAUGACAGUAAUUAUUGUUUUAAUAAAAAUGUAAAACCUUAUUAAAAUCCUUCUAUAUUUUAAAAUCCAACCUCUUGUAUUAAGCAGUCCUGCUUUGAUGAUAAUAAAGAUUAUUGUAAUGUGAUCACA